ACCCGGAUGCAGGGACGCUCGGCUGUUAUAAAGAGCCGGGGGAAGGCGGGAGCGGGCGCAGUUUGAAUCGCGGCGGGUUGGGGUAGGUCCCUGUUGCCGCUCGGGCUCCGUCAGUGCGGGACGCUCUCGUCUUCCAUCAGCCCCUGCGCGGCGCUGCCCUCCGGUUCGCGAUGGCUGGUGGUAAAGCUGGGAAGGACUCUGGAAAGACCAAGACCAAAGCAGUGUCCCGUUCUCAGCGGGCUGGACUGCAGUUCCCUGUUGGCCGCAUCCAUAGGCAUCUGAAGUCUAGGACUACCAGCCAUGGACGUGUAGGAGCCACAGCUGCUGUGUACAGUGCUGCAAUCCUGGAGUACUUGACAGCUGAGGUUCUGGAGCUGGCAGGAAAUGCAUCCAAAGACUUGAAGGUAAAACGUAUCACUCCCCGACACUUGCAGCUUGCGAUUAGAGGAGAUGAGGAAUUGGAUUCUCUCAUUAAGGCAACAAUUGCUGGUGGUGGUGUAAUACCGCAUAUCCAUAAGUCUCUCAUUGGAAAGAAAGGACAACAGAAAACUGUCUGAAGGAUACCAGGAUUCCUUGUUAUCUCAGGACUGUUAAGUACUUAAUUGUCCAGUGUUGGUGAUUCCAGUGGACUGUAUCUGUGAAACACAAUUUUGCCUUUUUGUAACUUUGAGAACUGAAGCUCCCUUGAGCUCUCUAACAAACCAAAUUUCUGCAUUGAAGUCUUAACCAUAUUUAAGUGUUACCAUGGCUUCAAAGAAGCUAUUGUAUUUGUAGUGAGUUCUGAUUGAGCUGACUGGUUAAUAGAUUGGUUUAAGUAAAGGAAAUGUUUGGUUUUGUACAGACUUUUCAUCCACUAGAGUGGAAAUAUUCAAUAAAUGUUAUGUCAAGAC